AUGCCCCAAAGUGAGACAAACGAGAUUGCUCCUGAAGAGGAUAUCAGGGAUGAAAUUGAUAACGAAGAUGGAGAUUACGAAGAAGAAGCCGAAAAUGGAACAAUGACUCUGGAAGAAUACUAUUCAUCGAUUGGGGGAGAUCCAAAAAAAUUAGAAUUGGCCCGGACAAUUCUCGUCUCAAAGCUACCCUCUGAAUUUCUCGAAGAUCCCUAUGAGGUAUUCUGUGAAGCCAUUUUGGAGAUGCUCUGCACGGAUUUCAAGGUCUCGAGAGAUUCAAUCGACCAAGUGAUUCGCGUUCCUCGAUUACAAGCUGCUGCUCCCGAUCAGGGUAACGCUCUUGCUGCUCUUGUCUCAUUUAAGAGCAAAGUUCACAAACAUCGAAUGAUCGCACAGAAAAAAGUGGCCGAAGAAAAACCGUCACUCUCUGUUUCAACAAUUGAUGAAAUUCCUUCUGAAUGGUUUGAUCAGGCAGGAGAAUUGGCUGUAUCUGAAGUCGGUGAAGGAGAAGAAGAAGAAGAACAUGAAGAAACAAACAAAGGAUCAUCGAAAGACAGCCAAAAGAAGAGAGAGAAAACGAAGGAAGAAAUCGAAGAUGCAAAAGAACGUGAAAGAAAAGAAAAAGAAGAAUACAUUAAACGAUAUCAAGAAGACAAUGAUGACGAUAUCCCAUAUGUAACAGAUUGGGAUGGAGCACCCGAAUUUCAAUGGAAAAUUUGUACGACAAAAAUCGAUCAUCGAAAGAUCAUUCUCGACAAUAUUCAUUUUUCGGAUCUCCGCGAUCCUUUCCUCUAUAGAGCGACUGUAAAAGCCGAAUCAACUGAAAUCGAAUUCCCGCAAAGAUAUUCAUUUGAUGGAUCAAAAGCACAGAAAGGAAAAAUCACGUUGACUUUUGCUCGUGAUGUCUACUUGAUGCCAACUGCAAUAAGAAGUCUUAUCUACAUCAGAAGCCCAAACCAGCGCCGAAUCAAGAUCUAUUUACCACAACAUGAAGUUACGGUGAAGGCAAAGGAUGAUUUUGAGAAAAAAUUGGGAAGAGUGAUUGAACAGACAGAAAUGAUGAAACAAUUGGUGGUCAAGGUUUUGCCUGCUGAAUGCAUCCCGACGAUUGAGAAAGGGAUUGAAUGGUUUCCUGGUCAUAAUAUUUCAUCAGUUGAGCAUAAAGUGGAUGGACGAGGGCAACCAGUUGCUUUGAUCACUUUUUCCUCGCCAGCCGAUGCAAUAAAUGCUCAUUCAGAGACUCCUUUUGUGACAAUUGACAAACACAAGUGCCAAGUGUUUUUGAUGAGCAUGGAAGUCAACAAAUACUAUCUGUCCGUGUUUGACAAAGCGGCCGAAAAGGAGGCAUUCCGAGCCAAAAUGGACAGAAAACACGAAGAGGAGAGAAAAGACAAAGAUCGGUUGAAGAUUCGAGCAUCAACGUACAAAAGAAAAGUUGAGCCAACUGAGUACACUGAAAAGAGAGGAAGAUGGGAAGUGCCUCGUAACCGAGGGGUGGCUCGAGGAUUUAGAGCUGGCUUCCGUGGCACUCGUGGAUUCCGUGGUGGCCCAAGAUUGGCACCUUCAUCGCGAACAAUCGGACGUCUUCCUAUCAGCCGUUAUGACUCUUCAUCCACAUUUGUUCGACGUGAAAACUAUAGAGGUUCUGAUCGUUAUCGUGAUUCAUCAAGGGAUUCAUUUCCAAUGAGUGGUCGAUCAAGUUUUGGGCAUCAAGGACACGACUCUGGUUCAAGCUAUGCAACGGUCUCUCAAUCAGCCUUUGAUUAUUCAUCUCGGCCAAGCAGUUACUUCAGUGGCGAGAAGCGCCGAACCUACUAU